UCUUCUUCGGUUGUGACGUUGGACGACACGUAGUCCGAUACCGGCAUGGACCUCGAGGACGCUUUCCAGGUGGUCGGUGAGUUCGGACGGUACCAGAAGAGGGCGGUGACGCUGCUGGUUCUGACGCAGGUCUACAUGGCGUGUCAGUCCAUGCUGAUGGUUCUGGUCGGGUCCACACCAGAGUACCGGGUGGAGCCUCAGGACGACACCUCGUCCCAACACGUCACUUUCACCGAGGACGUGGACUCCAUCGUGACGGAGUGGUUGCUGGUCAAACAGCAGGCGUAUAAAGUCAGUCUUGCAGGAUCGCUGUUCUUCGCUGGUCUGCUGGUGGGAAACGUGGUGUUUGGGCCGCUCUCUGAUAAAGUCGGCAGGAGACCAGUUUAUUUGACGGGUCUGUUUUUUGAGGUGGUCUUUGGUUACGUGACGGCGUUGGCUCCCAACUACGAGGUCUUCGCCGCGUCUCGUCUGCUGGUGGGUCUGAUGAACGGCGGCAUCGGCCUGGUCUGCUUCGUCCUCACUCAGGAGUACGUGGGGAAGUCCUACUGGGCCAUGACAGGGACGUUGACCAGCAUGACCUUUGCUGUGGGCAUCGCUCUGUUUGGAGCUCUGGGUUAUUUCAUCCGGCCAUGGAGGAGCCUGGUGUCUGUGGCCAACUCAUCAGGCGUCGUCUUCUUCCUGCUGUCAGUGUGAGUUUAUCAACAGCCCACAUAGCCCAGUCGC